GGGACGGGGGCGGAGCUCGCGGCGGCGAUAAGAGGAGGGGCGGCGCUCUGGCCCUCUGUGUCCCUCGCAAUCUCGGUCGCUGGCGCAGCGUCUGCGCGGCUGAUUGGCUGGCCGACUCGCCGCACGGAGGACCGCCGGCCUUAGGCCAAGAGCAGUCCCUCUGGUGCUUCGUCCAGGCGGUUGUCCGGCCGUGAGGCAGCAGCCGCGAUGGGCUCCCGGGCUUCCACGCUGCUUCGGGACGAGGAGAUUGAGGAGAUCAAGAAGGAGACAGGCUGUGAGUACCGAGAGAAGCAGCUGGAGACCGGGGGCGCUGGGCUGGCCUUGCUUUCUGCGGCCGACACCCAUUCACGGUCUCGUAACGCGAGGCGGACGAGCGAGCCACCUGCGUUUUUUCACCUUCCAGGGCCGAAGGUGUCCGGGCUGAGGGAAGAGGCGUCGCUACUUGUCAACCGCCAUUCCCCGCCGAUAUACCUGGGAGCCUUUUCGGCGGCAUUGGGUGACCCUUGACUGAGGCGCCUGUGGCUUGGCCUGAGUCGGGGUCGCCCGCAGCCCGGGAAGCUGUGUGGGAAAGGAAAGGAACUUGGGCAGGUGCCGCUUAUCCUGUCACAGGACUCGGGAGUGAGAAGUGGCACCUGCCGACAUUCCUCCUCCUGCGCACCUCUUAAAAGUACAGGAGCCCCACAUUCUGUUGCCUCUGGUCACCUCCUUUUGCCGCGUGACGAGAAAGGUCAAGUUCCCAAAGGCGUGCCUCCUUCCUCUUCAAGUUGCCCGGCUGCCAAAUUCUGGUACAAGGUAUGCUGUGUGAGGCGCAGCCUAUAGUUACCGACCUGAUAAACUUGGCACGUAGGCGUCGAUACUAUUCCGACCGAAGUAUCUUGAUACCUUGUGUGUGUGGUAGCCUUCUGUAAGAGAAGAGAGGGGUUUUUUUGACGUCUGACUGCUGUGAGUUGCCCUCCCCUUGAUGAAUCGGCAACAUCUGAACUUUCGAAAUGGUUGCAACAUCAGUUUGCUAUGUGCUGUUUUAAAGUCAAAUGCUCAACCUGACAGUGGGUUGGAGGAGCAUUUUUAUCGUACUUUAUCCUGCCUUAGUGAUUUUUAAAAUUAUUCUGCUUAAUUUGCCCCGUAUAAUUAUGGGGGGUAUAAAGCCCUUGUAGGAGCUCUUUCCAUGUGAGUUGUAGCAGAGUAGAGAAGGGAAAACAACUCUACACAGGCCCUCUUAAUUACAAGUGCUACGCUUGUUCCUGAGGUAAGCAUUCAGGACAAGUGCUAGCUUAAAUUAAGCCUCUAUUUGUUGUGAAUGCUCCAACCUGUAUCAAAAGUGUUGCUUGCUGCAUUCUAGAUUUUCUUUCAAAGUGUUAAAGGUGCCCCUCCUGCAGUUCUAUGAAUCUAAGUGCCAUGCACAUUGGUGGCACAUUAUUUAUGUAUAGAAUGCAUUUCCUCUUGACAUGCACUGGAGCAUUCAAAGGACUGGUUAACAUUUUUUAUUUCAUUUAUAAAUUCCUUUCCAUGAGACACCCUGAAGCAAUUGUGUAAGCAGUUCUGAUAGUCUUUAGCACAACUUUAUUUAGGGCACUUUUGAUAUAAAACAUAUUACAGCCUUUAUCUUAUUACAAAGAUGAACACCCACAUGAUAUCGUUGGAAUUCUCAUUUUACAGCUUGUUUUCUGAGGCUCAGAUAGCAACUUGCCUAAGGCCUCUUGAUGGCUCCAUGGCUUAGUAAUGUACAUCUCCCAUAGCCCAACAGAACGUUAUAUAGUGGGCAAAAAUACAACAGAAAACAAAUGUGCUAUUAGGUUAUAGCUACAGACUAGUUACACAUGACUAUUAUUUUUCCUACCCCAGUUCUGGAUUAGCAAAUCCCGUCUACUGUUUUGACUAGUAGCAAAUGAUAAUAUAUCCAUCUACAGAUAUUUGAUUCCUAGUAUGUAGCAUGUAGUUAGUUCGCUUGAAAAAAUAGGAAACGUGAAAGUACAAAAGUUCAGUCAGGACAUUCGAUUUUCUAAAUUGCCAACAUGCAGUUCCUGGUAGUGCCAGGUGAUCUGUGGAUUACUGCCUUAUUGCAUGAUUGAUCUCACCUUUUUCAAUUGUUUAAUUACAAUGAAAGAAGCUAAUAAUAUAUUAUUUCCAAUAAUUACUUUGUGUAUGUAAGCAACUACUGUAUUUACCAUAGGGAUAUAGCAUGUCUAUACAGGUAGGCUUACUGAGAGUAACACAGUAAGGAGGAAUUCUAGAGGAAACUAAGCAAAAGCUACAGUCACUAAUUAUGCUAUAUUACAUAGUUUAAUGCUCUAGUAGCUACUGAUUUUUUUCAUUACUUGUUCAAUGGUACAAACUUGGCACUAAGAAAAACAAAUUCAAUUAGAUUUUGUCGUCAUAGUGCUAUCAGUUUAAUAUAGGGGUCGGCAACCUUUUUCAGCCGUGAGCCAGUCCACCGUCCCUCAGACCAUGUGGUGGGCUGGACUAUUUUUUUUGGGGGGGGGGAGAACAAAUUCCUAUGCCCCACAAAUAACCCAGAGAUGCAUUUUAAAUAAAAGCACACAUUCUACUCACAUAAAAACACGCUGAUUCCUGGACCGUCCGCAGGCCGGAUUGAGAAGGCGAUUGGGCCGCAUCCGGCCCACGGACCUUAGGUUGCCUACCCCUGGGUUAAUACUACUAUUCUGAGUAGUGCUUUAUUCUCGGGAAGCUAAAUUUUAUGUUAUGCAAUUAUUUGAUCCUUAAUAAAUAGAAUUAUUAGCGGGAGCAUAAGGUGUAUAGAAGCAGCCCAAUGGUUUAUAUUCAGUAGUGGUUUGGGGCUAGCAAAAAGCAUCCCUGCUUUUUACAUUUUCUUGUUGGAUGUCUGUAUGUGGCUUAUGGUAAAAUAAACUAGCACAACUUUCUCAGAUCAGCAUAUUUUUGAGAAAGAUGUUAGCAGCAGCAACAAUAUUGUAUGGACAUCACAUAUACAUUUACUUAUAUAUUAGUACGAAAUGCAAAGGCUUUUAAAAAUGAGCCAAAAUAGUAAAUUUGCUGGCAAGAAGCAGAAAUAGUACCUGAAGAAUACUGUUUAUUCAGUAAAUGUCUGGAUCACUAAACAUUUAAGAAAAGGUCAGAAGACUGGAAUUGAGACAUCAACUGAAUAAUCUGAAUCAAAAUUGGAAAUUAUGUAGUACCUUUUUAGCCAACUAUAGAGGAAUGAGCCAUCAUAGAAAAUGAUCUUGGCAGCCUGUCAGAGCAGCAAUUUCUAGAAAAGUGUGCAUUUCAGAUACUAUUGCUGUGAAACAGUUUCUAAGGAUAGCUUAUGUCUAUCAUAUGCUUAUGUUCCUAGUUUUAAUGAAAGGGCAGUUAUGUGAGGUGCUGAUUGGGAGUCAUUCAUCCUUAACACCUGCAGUUCCUAAUGCCAGCUACAAUGUCUUGCUAUGGGACAUUUCUCAUGUACUUGCUAAGACACACAAUGACUGCAGAGACUACAUCAAAGUGUAUGAUGUUAAUUGUGUGCUUUUCAAAGUCAGGCUUUGGCAUUGGCUGAAUUUGAUAUUUUUUGAGAUUAGGCCCUUGCUGUAGUUGAGAUCACACUUCAUGAAGACUGCAGACGAGUUAUGGUCUUGGCAAGGCUACACAUAAAUACAUUAUAAAUCAGAAACUUUAAUGUGCAUAUAAGUGUUGCUAUUUUAUGCUUUAUUCAGUGAUUCUGUUUUUCAUUGUAAGCAAGAUUCAUUACAAAAAACAACAUUGUUAACAAAUUCAUUGUGCACAAGCAGUUGUUAGGACUACAGUCUACUUUAGCAAAUACAGCAUCUAAUGGAAAAGUCCAUGGAAGCUUAUGCUACAAGUCCUUAAGGUACCACAACAGUCUUCAUUGCAAGAGACUAGCACAGCUAUUGCUCUGGCAAGAGAAGUUAGAGAUGGCAAUCUCAUUGCAUAUAAUUUAUGCAAAAAUUUAUGUUUUUGUUUUGGUGAAGUAUACGUUUCAGUUACUGUCUCAAGGCUUAUUUAAGAAACAGAUCAGGUAGCUGUUUAUCAUAAUUGUCAAAUUCAUGGGGUCAAUCCAGUUGGUACCUUUGUGCCCAUGGAUAGGUAUUUGAUCAGUUGAAUGCCUCUGCUAAUGGACGAAAGCUGGUUGCUUGCUGCAGCCCCCAGUGUCCCCAAAAAUUGGCUCCAGGGUUUGGGGACCCUUUUGAAAAGGGUAGAUGAUUGGGGGACUGUCUGGGAAAGCCCACAUUGGGAAGGCAGCCCUGUUUAGGGAAGCUUUUAAUGUUUGAUGUAUUACAGUAUUUUAAUAUUUUUUUGGAAGCCGCCCAGAGUGGCUGGGGAAGCCCAGCCAGAUGGGCGGGGUAUAAAUAAUAAAUUAUUAUUAUUAAAAAGUAAAGGUAAAGGGACUCCUGACCAUUAGGUCCAGUCGUGACCGACUCUGGGGUUGCGGCGCUCAUCUCGCUUUACUGGCCGAGGGAGCCGGCGUGCAGCUUCCGGGUCAUGUGGCCAGCAUGACUAAGCCACUUCUGGCGAACCAGAGCAGCACACGGAAACACCGUUUACCUUCCCACCGCAGCGGUACCUAUUUAUCUACUUGCACUUUGAUGUGCUUUCGAACUGCUAGGUUGGCAGGAGCAGGGACUGAGCAACGGGAGCUCACUCUGUCGUGGGGAUUCGAACCACCGACCUUCUGAUCGGCAAGUCCUAGGCUCUGUGAUUUAACCCACAGCGCCACCCGCGUCCCCAUUAUUAUUAUUAUUAUUCCUUCUGCUUCCAUUAACAGGUGUUCACUGAAUCAAAAGGCUGAGUGCAAGGCCACCAGUUAGAUCCCACUCAUAAUUAAUUACACCAUCAGUUUUUGUAAUAAGAGUUUUUGCAAGCUCAUCUCAAUGUCGGAAACCCCCAACUUGCUGUCAAACACUUAAUUAAAUGUGGCUUACCUACUGUGUGUCAUAAAGCCCCAUGUCCGUUAACUUAUAAAGAAGAGUCUUAUUGCAAAUAACUCAAAGUAAAAAUAUGUGGCUUUGCAUAUAAUUACAAAAAAAAUGUAUGACAAAACUAUGAAUACCAUGUGUAAUAUUAAAAUGGUUCUUUCAGCUAUCUGGCAAAUAGGCCACUGCACUUGGACUUUGAAAUGUAAAUUACAUGGUGGUGAUUGUUAGUCAGACAAGAACAAUAUCCAGAUUAUGUUUAUCAAUAAUUUUUUUAAACUUUCUGCCUGGAAUGUUUGCAUUUCAUAACACUUUUUCAGAUGUUUCCUUAGUUAAUAUCAAGAGAAAAAGACAAACCUAGUCUUGUAACCUUAGCUGCUUAAAGUUUCAGACACACUCUUGUUUUAAAGUUAUAGUUUGCUGGGGAAUAAUGCAAAUGGACCCUGCAAAUUUACUCAUCAAAAUUAAAAAUAACUUUCAGGGAGAGCUUUGUAGCCAGGGAGAUCUACCUUAGCAACUUAAAAGGCUAUUGGUAGUGAGGAGAGGAUGUGCCAUAUUUUCAUUGAAACCUGGCAUCUACAGUAUUUUUUGCUAGGUAAAGCUAGUCACUGAAACCAGUAUGAUAGAUCAGAAAAUUUAGAAUACUGUAUUCGUAUUCUUUUAUCAGAGCCCUGGGGAACAGCUUUUUAAAGAGAGAUCAAGUUGAUUCGUGUUCUGUGGAAUUAACAAGGUUGUUCCUUCCUCAAUUUAGCAUGCUUUAAAACCAUUUGGAAUUGCUUUAAUGGAGUUUUUUGCAGUGUUGGCAGCUGAGUGGUUUAAACUUUAAACUACUUUCAGCUGGAAAGGAAACUAGAUUUUAUCCAGAGGCUGAGGUAGCCUAGGGCUCCAGAACUGUCUGAAUUUAAAGAGAGACUAGGAACAGGCUUCCCUCUUAGCCAAGUCAGUGGACUAGUUAGUACUUCAGCCUUGUAGUUGGCCUUUGCCUGGUUGCCAUAGGUGACAAGGAAUUGGUUGCAAACAAGUGUAUGGAAUCCAUCCUGGUGAGCUGGUGAAGGAAGGACAGAUUGUCCACUUGGUUUCUGUGCAGGUCACAGAAAAAGUGAAGCACUUUCAUCUACAACCAACAAAAAAAUGUGGUAGUCUGAUGGGAGAGGAAAAUAUAUCUGUUCCUCACCUACAGGCCUACUGUAUUUGUUAGCUAUAGGCCACUAGACAUCAGUCGGCAUGCAACCUUGGAAAUGUUUUGUGGACUUUCUGGCAAGGCUGUAAUAAAUUUACCUAUGUCAUACCUCUUCUUAAGACAUGUCUGUUUAGUGAAAUGUUUUACCAAAUGCUAUUUGUCUAGAAAGAGGUACUGGAACUCACCAUGCAUGUCUCCCUCGUUGUCUUAGAAUGGCAAUCGCGCCCAUCUGAGAGGUGGCAGAACUAAAUUGCAGCGAGUUCCAGCUGAAAAAAGCCCUGGUUUUACUAAUAAAGGAGUGAAAUGUUUUACCAAUAGAGGGGUAAUAGGACUUAAAAUCUGAAUGGAGGUCAUUUUAAAAUGUAAACAUCCAGCAAAAUCAAUGUCCUGACCCCUCAAAUGUAAUGAAAUUACUCUUACUCUGUAUUGAGUAGUGUGGAUUAAUUAAUUUUAAAAUGUUGCUGUUCAAUUGUAAGUUUUAAUUUAUUUUUGCUUCAGUUUCCCACAGUCAGAUUACUCGUCUGUACAGUCGGUUUACCAGCCUAGACAAAGGAGAGAAUGGCACUCUUAGGUAGGUACUCUUUAGCAAACUUCAUUGUACUGACUCACUGCUUUUGCUUAGUGCCUUACUGUAUUAACUUGCUCACUGCCUCUGCCCAGUUUCCCUUGAUUUACCCCCUCUAGCUGCAGCCCUCUUCCUCCCAUUCCAUGCAUUUCCUGAGAGUCCUCUGAUCCCCAGGAGGCUAUUUGGGACACACAUUGGGAUGCAGUGGGGGAAGGAGGAACCAGAGAAUUCCUGUUGUUUGAGUGUAUUGGGUGCAACCCAUAAUCCCUGUUCAGGUUUUAUGCUUCAUGCAGUUACAAUCAUGUGAGGGACAAUGGAACUGCACUUACUCUCACUGUUGCAUUACCUGCCAGUUCAGCCCCCUGCCCUGUAUAUGUUGGGAGGAAGGUCUACUACGUACAUAGACUUUCCCCUUUGCAAUCCCAAACCCUGGGUCCUAAAAUGUGUAAGGAGCCUUUGUACAAGGGUCCCAUGUUCAACACCCCCUUCCUCCAAAAUGCAUGUCUGAAGCUGUGUUUUAAGGAACAAAAGAGCGGGGCCAGUAACACAUAGUCGAAUUUAGAACACCAAGCCUUGUUAUAAUUGUCAUAAUCAUAUACAUAACUGGGUAAUAUUAGUGGAGAUGAGAAAUGAGCUGCGUACGUAACAAUGCACAUCACAGUAGAAGUACAGCAUUUCCUUUAAAAACUUUCCCCUGCAUUUCAGCAAAGCUUUCAAGGCAGCACCAUUUAAAAGGUGCUGAGGAGCAGAAUUGAGAACAGCAAAGCAGUUGUUACUGUUGUUAAAAUUUGUAUACCGCCCUAUACCUGUAGAUCUCAGGGUGGUUCACAACAUAAAAUUACAAUAUAAAAAACAAAAUAUGUGAUGAGAACAGAAAAUAGGAACAGAAAUAAACCUCCGCUUCCAUACGGGAGAACAUUUAUUCCUUUUCCCACCCUCCAUAAAUCAUUUUCCAAAUUUGUAAGAAACACAUAUCUGGCCUACACAGAAUAUAAAAACAAGAAGGAAUCAUGUGACACCAUCAAGGCUUAACAGUUUUAUUGUGGUUAUAAGUGUUUGUAGACAAGAGCCCACUUCAUUGUGCCUUAAUAAUAAAUCUUCUAAUCUUUAAGGUACUACAGUACUCCUGAGUUUUACUUAAACUGUUUCAGCUCAGAAUACAGGGUAGAUCAUUUUUGUUACCUCUUGCCAAGUUGUCUUCCCUAUAUUUUGAGCCAAAACAGUUUAAGCAAGAGAAAAGAUCAUAAAUUCAUGUUAAGUAUGAACGUGCAAAAUUUCUAGUGAGUUGGUUAAUUUGGGAGUGGCUGUAGGAAUAAAAGUUCCAAUUGCAGUGUGGCUUUGAAUCCUGACUGAUUUCAGGGCAGACUGCUAUUUCUCAAACUUAUGGACUCUCCAGAAUGGCUAAAAUGCCAUUCUAAUAGCCCAUACCAUAUUGAUGUAGAUAUUAAUGUCAAAACAAAGUGUUCUUUUUAAACUGAAACCCACUAUUUCUUACAUUUAUAUCCUGCCUUUCUGCUGUCAUGGAACCAAAGGCAGUGUUUAUAUGGUUCUUGGACAAUUGCACAUCUAGGCACAGACCAGACCCAUUUCUCACACCAGCAUGCUGACAAAUCCUCCCUUAAAUCCAUCAAAGUAUAUGGCUCCUGUAGUUGGAGUUAAUCUCUUGACCUAAACAAGAGAGGAUUAUGAAAUGAGGAGGAUUUGGAAGUAGAUACAAUCUUAGGAGCAACUUAGUUUGCUGUUGAAGAUGGAAAUACAGAAAAGUCUAGAAACAAUAACUUUUAGUAUUAAAAAAACCCUCUUUGUAAAUAGAUUGCAAUGCUGAUAACAGUAUUAACCGUAUACUUUUAUGUCAACAGACAAGGCAGGACAACUCAUUACUUCAUAAACUUGACUUUUUGUCACUUUCUCUUAUGAUGAAAUGUUUGAAUAAGUAUUGAUGGUACUGUAAAGUAAGAUGGAAAAGUCAAACUGAAAUAAAAAUGAAGCAGUAGUACAAACACGAGCUAGUUCUGUGGUGCAUUCUCUCUGUUCAAACAUUACAGAAAGUGGAAAUGUUGCUGAAGGUAUGCCCCACUCUAUAAAUAUGCUACAAUAUGUGUAAAGUAUAUGGUUUGGCAGAGCGAUUUAUUGAGUAGAAGAUGUUUGGAUUUCUGUGAUUCAGAAUAAGCCCAAUGAAAGGAUGCUAUUAGGCUUCAAAAACACAUUAAUUCAUGGGUAGAUCCUGUUGGAUAGUGUUCUAUGGCAUGUGAACAGAAGAAGAAAAUAAUUCCUGUAAGUUCCAGUCUAAGCCAGGUGAAGUCGGUUUUGCUAAAAAAAAAACACACACACACACAGCUUGCUUUUCAGUAUUCAUUUACUUUUAUGAUGUGUGUAGUGUUUUCCAGUUAGUGUUCUUACUUGGAUAAUGUCCCCUUCAUAAGCUCAAUGGCUGGUAGCAAUGACAGUAAUAGAUUUAAAAUGCAAUAGUUACAGUUGGUUAAUGUUUAACCUUAAGCUAAGCCAUAAAAUAUAGAAAUUAGAAGCUUAUGCAUUCAGAUUUCAGAAGCUGAAUCUUUACAAACAGGGAGGGUAUGUUUUAGAACACUGGAGAGUCUGACACAUACAUGCAACAGGAGAUUUGCUGCUUUUCAUAUAUCUGUCACACUGUUUGGACCCAAGGGGAGGUGGAGUACUUGGGGUGGGGGGGUUAACUGCAAUUUCUCCAGUUUAAAUGUUUCAUUGGAAAUUGCUGUUUUCCCCUUCUGGGCAAAUAGCAGUUUAAAGUUGAGUGCUGUUUAAAUCAGGAAAAUGGCACAAGGUAAAAUUAUUAUUUAAUAACAACACUUCCCCCAGCACCCCAGUCCCUAUCCAAAUUAUUUCGCACCCCCAGUAGCCUUUAAUAUGAGAGAGAAGUGAAAAAACUUAUUCAGAUUUCCUGGGUCACAUCUGGUUUGGCUCAAAGUCACUAGAGUUGCUUGGCUGUAAUUAUCAACUGCAAACAGAAUCACCUCACUUGAUUUUUUAAAAACUAAACAGCCACAAAGGUUGUAGCAGGCUUAAAUUUUCUGUACAGAGGUUCCCAGUUAGCUAAAUACUGUACUGCAGAAACAUGUUUUUUAAAAUCUAAGCCAUGGACUCCCUACGUUUGAAUAUUUUCAUAUCUCUAUGGUAGUUUUUGUUAUGUGAAUAGUGCAAUGGACCCCCUGGGUGGGAUACAUGCCCCCGGGGUCUGCAAACCACUAAUUGGGAGCCACUGGCAUAGUGAAUUUGGAUAUUCUGUAACUUACGUAUAGGUGGAAACAAUUUGGGGGAAUAUGCUAAUUCAUAGUGACUGGGGCAGAAGCAGAGAUGAUACUCUCUCUGCCCUAUUGCUUUUUACUAUCCUCUGAGGCUGUCUGUAACAAGACUUUACAGAUUUUAGAAAGGCAUUGAGGGCCAUUAGCAUUGAAUUUGCCCACUGGGUCACUCCUGAAUGAACAGUGGUGUGAACAGUGCACUUGCUACUCCAUUCUUCCCAAGGGACAAUGCAUCUGCUUUGGAAGAGUUAUUUUCCUUAGCUAAUAAUUCCCUGUUGCAGAUUGGAACUGGCAACUAUGGCUGCAUAAAGAAAGAACAAUUGCUAUGUGAGCUGGGAAAUAGAAUUUAUUUUAUUGAAAUAUAAGGUGAAAGAGCCAUUUGACAGUGCCUAGAUGCACGUGGAAGAUGAUGCUUAAGAGGUUAGUAUUCCAUGAAAUCAAGGCUGUAGCUGGAGUCAGAUUGAUUCAAGCCUACUGUAGGACCAACACACCACAUUCUGCAUAUAUUCUGUUGUCGAGGGGUUUCUCCUUUGAGUUUUAUGGGCAAAAAAUACUUAAGAGGCUUUUGCCACAUUCCAGAUGCCAUUCAUGGUGUUAGCUGGUUUUCAACAUCAUGGUAAUGCUAUCACCCAGCCCUACUCACCACUGCUGAGUGGAUUCAAACCAUCAACCUUCCAGUUGGCAAGCCCAAGAAGCUCAGUAGUUUAGACCACAGCAUCACCCUCUCCCUGUACAGCUAUAUAUAACCAUCCUGAAAGAAGGCUGCCACUCAGUGCUGUGUUAUGUAUAUUAAAAUGUAUAUCGGUUUAAUUCCUGAGGCAGGUAACCAGGGCAAGCAAUAGUUAACUUAUUUUGUUUGGGUAAUUUAUCUGACACCAGCUUAACCUUGGCUGUUGAAUGUCAGCCAGAACUUUUUACAGCUGUUCUGAAAGUAUUCAGGCUUACUCUGAUAGAUAUCUAGGUGAAGGUUCAUCUCCUCUCAAGGACAUGGGAAGCAGUCAGCAAGAAUGACUUUCUAUGUAUCUUUGUUUGGAUUUGUCACAUAGAUGACACGGUCAAAGCAUUGCUCUUAGUUAAUCUUGGCUGUCAUGAUGAUAUAAAAGUAGGUGUAUGGUUUAUUUAAGAUCACCCUUCUCCCAAGUUUACAUCACCCACAUCUAUCUAGCAACUAAGACCAUAUCCUAUGCACUACUAUGGGACUUGCUUCCCAGUCAACAUGCACUGGAUACUCUAUCCUACUUAUGAUUUCUCAGUAUCUACAGUAUGCAACAAUAAAAUAAAUAUAUCCAUUUGUACUUACUUGUUGGUUAUAUUCAGCAUCUAAUAGGAGUUUAAACUACUUAGAUUCAUUAUUUAGCCAUGAUAGUGUUCUUUAUGCAAUCAUAUUCAUAGUACCUGGACACUAUUUAUUGUUUGGAAGUACAGUAUUACACAUUUUGUCUUUUGCUUGCGUCAACUUGCCUGAUGUGAUGCCCUUCAUAUUCACUAUGAUCUGCCCAUGGUAUACUUUUGUACUCCAUGGUUCAAAAACUAUAAUCAAGGGUUGCUGAAAUAGUGGUUUGAAUUAAAAGCAAUACAUUUCCUAUAUUUACCACUUUGUACCAAAGCUUGCAGUGUAGAAAGAGAGAUCACUAGAAUCCCCUCAUUUUAAGAAUAUCACCAGCUAAAUAUCAUGAUAUCUUGAUGUAUCAUAUAUAUCUGUGGUGGUGAAGAGCUUUGCUGGGCCUCCCCGCAGGGGCAGAAGGUAUCACUAUACCUCCUUGCAGCAGUGGAGUGUGUGCCGCGCUUCCCUGCAGCAGAAGAGGACCUUGCUGCGCCUCCCCGUGGCAGCAGAGGGUCCCGCUGUACCUCCCCAUGGCAUCUGCUUCCCCACUCAAAGGUCUAAGUGGAAUCUCUGCAUGCAUAAGUCCCACUGAGUUCAACUAAACUAACUUCUACUUUCCUUGGAAUAAGCUCUAUUGAAUCCAGUAUGGCUUGCUUGUGAGUAGACACACAUUUGCUUUCACUGCUUACGGAAAAACAUCCUCCCCAUCAUUCUCAUACAGUACCCAAUCCAAUCACCCAUUUCAGCAUAAGACAGCCAGCUAAAUCUUCUCCCUUCCAUUCUCCCCCCCACAGAAGCCCCCCCCCAAAGCCCUCAUCCCACCACUCUCCCUUUUUAUCAAAGGGAGGUAGGGAGGUCAAGCAAGCAAAAAGAUAGUCUCCUUCAAAUUAAAAAAAACAACAACCGUUUUUAAUAUGGAGGAAAGCUAUUUAGGGAGAACCAAUAACAUAAACACCACCAGAAAAGAAAGACCCCCCUUUUUUUUUCACUGGUGAGGGAAGAAAGAAGUGUUUACCAGUUAUUUGUUUACUUUGCCUCUGGGGUGGAGCCAUGGGGUGUCCCUCCAGGCUCUGCAUAAUUAGCUGACCUCUAAGUGGAAAGAUACAGGUGAAGCUGGUUUGUGUGAGGGCUUAUGGUCAUUUCUUAUGGGGAGGAAGGAGAGCAAACAAAGCUGAAGACACCUGCAAAGUAUCGUUCAGUUGCUCUGUUCCAGCUUUUGCCAACCUAGCAGUUUGAAAGCACACUAGUGCAAGUAGAUAAAUAGGUACCGCUGCAGUGGGAAGGUAAAUGAUGUUUCUGUGUGCUUUUGCUUCUGUCACGGUGUUCCGUUGCACCAGAAAUGGUUUAGUCAUGCUGGCCACAUAACCCGGAAAGCUGUCUGUGGACAAACGCUGGCUUCCUCAGCCUGAAGCGAGAUGAGCUCCACACCCCAUAAUUGGACUUAACCGUCCAGGGGUCCUUUACCUUCUUUUUAAAAAAUCUAUAUAGCUAUAAAUUAAUAUUACACAAUUGGGAAUUUACUAUUGGUGAUGGGUGUUAUGAACUGAAAAUACAAAAGUCCGCAGCCCAAAACUCAUUUUCUGAAACUGAGUUUUCUUGAGGUUUACUAUUUUCAUGAUCAAUGAGUGCCAAUUAAUGAGCUUAACAUACUGGAUCUUUACUUUUUAAAAAAGAAAAAACUUUUUAAAAACCCCUCAUAGCUGUUGUGUGAUAUCUGAACCAUAAAUUUCAAUCAGCCCUGUUAUAAAAAAUGAAUGUUUAACAUGAGUGUUCAGAGAUCUUAUUCUAUUAUUAUUCAUUGAAAUUGUAGCCGUGAAGAUUUCCAACGCAUUCCAGAACUUGCCAUCAACCCACUGGGGGACCGGAUUAUCAAUGCCUUUUUUCCAGAAGGGUAAGUUGCACAGUGUUUCUUCUUAAUAAGUUGCUUGGUGUGAAGUGCUCGUAGGACUAAUUUAAGAUGUGGAUUCUUAUAUUCUAUUCUUGACACUGUAAAACAAUCUGCUGGACUUCAGAUACAAUAUUGGGGACUGGAGCGUCAGUUACUAACUAUUCAAAGUAAAACUUUAUUAAUAUUAGGUAUUUGUUAAUGCUUUAGUUCCAUUUAUAUUCUGCCACAUUUAUAUAAUGGCACCAAAAAUAUCUACUUCACUUCCCAAAUUCCCUUCACUAGCUGAGAAGUAAAACCCUGACUACCUUUCAGUUGAUGCUCUAAGUAGGGGUCUGAAAUUUUGGGCCAGUUGUAAUUGCCAGGCUCCUUCCCCCUGCUGAUUGGGUGGAGGCAAGCACCUCUGCUCAGUAACAAAGAAGUUCCACAACCUUUCUCUCCUACAUCAACAAGAGGUAGGGAGAGCAUAUUUCAAAGGAGAGCAGAGCCCCAAGGCUACUACAUCAGCCAGUUUUUCAGAAGGAAAAACAUAGUUAAGUUUGGAGCAGCAAAUUGCACUGAGACUUUGAAUAGCAGCAUAUUUCCAAAUGCCUGUGUAAACAGGUGAAGUGAGUACCUGGUGCCAGAAGCCCAAUACUAUAGGGCCCAUCCAUGCCUCCAGGGGGAGAGAACUUCUCAGUUGAGGAGCCACAACAGAGAGAAUUCUAUCCCACGUCAAUGUACAACUGCCUACAACAAACACAGCAAAAAUAGCAAGAAGCACCUCCCUGCUAAUCUAAGGAUCUGGGAUGGUUGGUAAUUGUUGAAGGCUGACUAAUUUUUAUAGUUUAAGUUAUAGUUUUGAGAUGGUAGUUCAAUAAUGUUCCGUUAAACAGCAAAAUAAAAUAACAGCUGAGAAGAGAGACCAAAACAGUGUACAUGGAACAAGUAUAGAAAAAUAACAGCAAAAUAUGAAACUGCAUUCUCCAAACUCUGGUAAAUUUGUUUGGAUAUUCUUGUUUAAAGUAUAUUGCUUGAUGGAUUUGCAAAAUGUAAUAGAUUGUGUGUAUCUUCUCUGGUAUAGAGAAGACCAGGUGAAUUUUCGUGGAUUCAUGAGGACUUUGGCACACUUCCGACCCAUUGAGGAUAAUGAGAAAAGCAAAGACCAGAAUGGGCCAGAACCACUUAAUAGUCGGAGCAACAAGCUGUACUGUAAGACAUUUUUAACUGGACAUCUAUUCAGGCUAAUUGUACUGCUUUGUAUUCUUCUUUGUAAUCCUGCAGCUUGGAAUCUGUUCCUCUUCUUUUAAACUUAGUUUAAACCUGGAUACAAAUCUUAUGGAAACAAGAGUAGAAAGUUACCUAAGUGAAAGUGGAUUUUUGUCACUUUUGCUGGCUGUGGCUGAUGAGGAGUUGUAGCCCAGCCAUCCAACGGAAUUUCCAUUUUCUUUCCUCCUCCCAAAAUCUGCUCUGGAUGGUCCCUCAAUACCGCCCCCCCCAGCUGUUUUUGAGGGUGCACAGGGACAGGAGAGGAACAGGAAAUUCCAUUGCGUGCCUGGAAGUCUGUUGUGUGAGUGGUGCUACAGUGUUGGGCACAGCCAGUUGUUUCUGUCCUAAUGUAACAAAGCCUAUAACCAAGCCCAAGUACAUGGUACUGAAAUAAUUGUAUUUGGAAAAUGCUGUGCACAUUGAUGGUGCUGCUUUAAAUGAAUCAUCGUAAUAUAUCUUCCAUGACCUCACAUUUUACUUUAUAAUAUUCUUAGAUUUACAUAAGAUACUCAACAAAUCUUAAAUUAUUGGUAAAACUGUUGAAGCAGGCUAACUUUCCAUGUGUAAAUAUAGGCAUUCUAUAUAAGCAUUCUAUAAAUUACUGCCUGAUAGGAAAAAGAAAUCUGUUUAAUGUGCUAGCAUGUAUCGGUAACUGGUCAAAGAAAAAGAAAAACCCAAGAAUUUAAGCAUAACUAUUUUGGGACAGCAAAAUUUCCUUUCUUGGGCAUUUAGUGUGAACCUGAAAAUGUCUUCUCCAGUCAGUGAGAUGAGUCCAUUAUGUUCCCUCUAUACUCCUAAGAUAGGCCUUUGGUCAGAUGCAGCACAGUUACUCUCCUAUUCUUAAAAAUGAUCACCUCAAGGAACAGUCAAGUUUUAACUGAUUGGUGUCUUUGUGGUUGCCAGUAGUCAAUGACUAUGAAGAAUAAGGGAAGAGUGUUUGUAGUAUGGGGGCACAUUGCUCUGGUUCGAUAAUGUAUUCUGUAUAUGGCAGCAGUGGGAAAGAAAGCGGGGAUUUUUAGUACAGGCACCUCCCCAUUUGCACCUGAUCAUGCGUGCGACUGCUGACACACUCAUGCCUUUUUGGGGGCCCAAGGGGGUGGAGCAGGCUGGAACAUACUUGCAUGUGUCCCAGAGCAGACCCCCUGCAUAAGCAGGGAUUCCCCUAUAUAUCAUUUUUUCCCCUUAUCCAGAAAUUCCCUACCAAAAUGUGACAGUUUGUUUACUUUUUAUUUUCUUUUGUAUUUUUACUUAACAUUCUGGCAUUUAUGGCAGUUCCUAAGCAACACGACUGGUUCAACAAUCUGUGGCUUUUUAAUGUGUUCGUAGGAAGGGGUUAUUGGUUUUUGUUGUUCAUAGAAUCAUAGAGUUGUAAAGUACUACAAGGGUCAUAUAGUCCAAUCCCCUGCAGUGCAGAACUAUUUCGCCCAGUGUGGGGCUCAAACCCAUGACCCUGAGAUGAAGGGUCUCAUGCUCUGUGGACUGAGCUGUGUAGAAGAGGGUAUUAUGUUAUGUGUUUUGAUUUUGUAAACUACCCUAUGAAGGGCAGUAUAUAAAUAAAUAACCUUGAAUUUAUUUCCUCUAGUUGCUUUUCGGCUAUAUGAUCUAGAUAAAGAUGACAAGAUUUCUCGAGAGGAGCUGCUUCAGGUAUGUUUAGCUUUUGCAGCCCAUAAAUGCAAAUUUUUCGGAUGACUGUCUUAUUUAGCCUUUAAGGUAAAGUCUGGUUGAAUGAUAAUACUAAAUUAUUAUAAUACAUAGGUAUUAUAUAACAAUAUAACUAUAGUAGCAGCAGAGGUAAGAAAAGACUUUGUGAAUCUCUCCCCUCCAUUUUAAAUCCCCACACCCACACAGAUAUUGCUCAAUCUUUAAUCUCCUCUUGUCUGCCUAGGCUGUGUGACCCUGUUCCAUGCUGGGGACAGGAUUGUGUAGCCAGUGCAGGAUUAAACCCUGUUCAGUAGUGAUGUCAGCUCAUGGGCAAAUGGGUGUGCUUUUGGAAAAACAGCUUGGCGGCUCAAAUUGGCACACAGGCCAAACAUUCCUCACCCAAUGUAUGUCAUGAGGCUAAACUCUCCUUGCUAUAACAAUAAAAAAUAUACUCUGGUUCAAAACCAGCAGCCAGCCCCAAUCCUAUAAAGCUGUGCUCUUGGUGGUGGGGAAAGGUAUUCUGUGAACCCCAAACACUGCUACAAAUGCUGAAGCCCAGAACAGCCCAGAAAUAACCUGUGAAGUAUCUUGUAGCACUGGAAAAAGUACUUAAAGGUUUGCACACCAUGGUAUGCCAUAGUUACAAACUGUUAGGGCUUAUCAUGAAGCUCUUCUGGUUGUUCUAGAGCGAACUAGCCCACAAGUACUGGUUUGCACACAAAGCUAAGCUAGUAGUGUGGUUUGUUUGUUUGACAAACUGAGGAGCAAGGUGGGCAUGAUUUGAGCAUUUCACACCAAUGUGCUGCUCAUUCAAAGAAUGCCAUACUUGGUUUGUGUAACAAUGGCUUACUGUAUUAUUUUAUACUUUCUGGAUGUCCCAUAAUCAUAUUAUAUAAAUAGUUGUGUUCUGUGUUAUAAAUCAAGCAUUUCUGGGGGUUGUUUCUUUUUGCUUUCCAGUGUAUUUCUUAUCAAUAAAAAAUUUGGUGUGGCGUGAGCAAAUUUUUACUCUAAAAGGGUGGCCCAGAGAAAAAAGCGGAGAACUUUCUGAAAAUUGUUAACUUGCUGGUCUGAGAAUUCUUGAGAUGAAAGUUGUAUUUGUAAGUGGUGCACUUGACAUUAUUCAGUAAACCUGGACUGAUCUCCUUAUUUCUAGAAAGAGCUUCCUUAAACUGCCUCAGUAUAUUUUAUUUGAGGCAGUGCAGUAAAUGGUGGUCUGUGCAACGUCAAGGUGUAUAGUACCUAGCACCCAAGGACAGAUAAGGUAUUUUUGCACCUGAAGCAGGAAAUGUCCCAAGCACCUCUCCUUGGGAACAAUAAUAUAAUAAUAAUUAAAAAUUGCUGCUGUUUUGUGAUAUUUAAAACCAGCUGCCUGAUCGGGCUGGUCCUGAAACUUCACUUGGUUGACUUAAAAUAAUAGCUUUACUUGUCUGGUGCCUUCUUAGCACUUACAGCAUAUUCUUUGUUAAACACUAACAUUACAUUCUUUUGGGGUUUCUGUAUACUGCAGGUUUUGCGGAUGAUGGUUGGCGUAAACAUCUCGGAUGAACAGUUGGGCAGCAUUGCUGACAGAACAAUCCAGGAGGCUGAUCAAGAUGGUGACAGUGCAAUCUCCUUUGCAGAGUUUGUUAAGGUCAGGAAACAAUGUUUAUUAUGGCAAACCUGAUUAAGUGCUUGGAUUUCUGAAUCAGAUGUGCAAUCAAAUGAAUAGAAGGCUUAUGUGCAUAAUUUCUUCAGUUAUUUUGCUAUUUCCCAUAUCUGAACAUAAAUUGGCAGAGAUGUGCUCUUCAACUUCAUAACAAUUGCAGUUUAUCUUAUUUGCUUAAAUGAUUCUUGUUAGACUUGUUAGUUUUUCUAAAUAUUUUUAGUGUGCGACAACUUUGCAUGCUGUUCCAAGGCAUGAUCUGUGGGUACAUGAUACAGGAGCCUUUCUUGAAAUUAAGCUGAUUUAGUUUGGUUAGUGCUUUGAUAGACUGCCCAGGGAUCAUCUUGAAUUCCAUAAAUGCAAUUAAAUACACUCCAAAUGCAAGUGUUGCUAAGUACAGCUUUCAUUUUCCAUAAAAUAUAUUACUGAUGACCUCUAGAUCAAGAUCUACAAAAAAUAGUUCUGCAGCACAAGAGGACAUGCAGUAGGAAAGCUGACAAGAAUGGCUUCCUAAGACAAGACUAAAGUCUAAAUGUUGAGAGAAUUCGAUUCCUGUGACAAAUGGUUAACAAUUCUACUUUUUUUGCAGGUUUUGGAGAAGGUGGAUGUAGAGCAAAAAAUGAGCAUUCGAUUUCUUCACUGAUGGAUCAAGGCCCAUUCCUUGUUGUCCUGAUAUUUAAGGAAUAUAGUUUGUUUUACCCUCUCCUGAGCAUUCCUGCUGGUGCAUGUGAGGUACAUCUCCAAAACCCCCUCAGUUUGUUCCAUCGAUGUGAACAUUCCUUCUGCAUCAGAACAAAGGAACGUGGCUGCAGUGCAGCUUGGAAUGGAACCUUGAAAUGGCCUUUUCCUCACACUUCUCUUUGCUUUGCUUUCUGGUUAUAAAUUAUUUCUUCCCAUGUUACUAUAAUCUACCAUUUUAUGAACUAUGACAACAAAAAUCUGACUUGGUAGUAUUUGUAUUCUCUCUUCGGUUUGUCUGGUUAACAAACUGUUUUCUUCUGUCCUUGGUUUUGUUUAAAUAUAGAUGUUUGCCACUCUUAACUUCACAAAGUAAUGCAAGGCCAAUGGUUUUGUUUUCGGAAUUAAGGCUUCGGAGCUUCGUCUUGCAAGUGUGUCAAAUGUUACGAAUUUGUCCACAGAUGUGGGAUGUCUGCCAAGAGAGUAACUUGCAGUUCUGAAAACAUAGUAAUUGGGUUCUUGAAUGAAACUAUUUCAUAGCAAGCUGUUUCUUAACUGGAAAAAGUUGAUUGCCUCUCUGCUGCCCACCCCCUGCCACCAGCUUUGUUUAUGUAGACGAUUUUGAUUUGCAUUAUACUUAAAUUACUCAAAUUUCUUUCUUGUGCUUUUAUUGUUUUUCAGUGAAUGUUUGCAAUACAUAAUUUUUGUUGCACAGCUUAUAGUGGAAGGCUUUUCAUACCAAUUAUGCCAACUGGACCUUUCGUCUCCAACAUGCAUGUCAAAGUCCAGAUUUGAGUAGUACUGUGUCCCUACAAAUUAUGUGGGAACACUAACGGUUUUAGGAAAAUUCUUAGCACAUGUGUACAUUUAUUACUUCAGAUUAUAUUUUGAAAGUUUUAUUUUAACCACACACAAGGAUCAAGUAACAUUGUGAAUUUUGAUGUAAGCAUCACAAUACAGAACUGAGGGCUCAAAAGCAAUGAAUAUGAUGAUCUUUUCAGGCUGAAUUGUCUUUGCUGUUAGUAAACAAUUCUGUUGCACUGAUUAUCAAUGAACUUUGACAACCGUUUUUAACUGUGCAGUGUUGGCUUCCAAGAUGCAGAAAAAUACUUUGUGUAAAAAUCAGUGUUCAAAUGCUCCCGACCCCUGCUAUGUCAGCAUUUCUAUAAGUAUUGAGUGCAAGUUAAUCUAGUUUACUUAAAUCCAACACAAUUCAAUGAUCCUUAAGAACUGCACACUAUUUUACAUUUAAAAAAAAACUGCAGAAGAAAAUCUAUUCCUUCUUCAGACAAAUUAUAAAGAUGGGAACAAGAUUAUAGGGUGAUUGCUUACAAAUACUUUAGGAUUUUUUUGAUCACAAUGUAAACAUAGGAAUUUUAUAAAGAGAAGGAAAAUGAAAGUAACACCAAGUUGUUAGAUUUAUUGUUUGAAAUUUGCUUAUCUGAAAAUAAGCAAUCUUCCUUUGGCUAUAGAGGUAAUCCACAGGUGUGCCUUGUCAGAUCUAUUAUAUUCAUCAACUAUCCAUGAAUAAAAUCCUUCAACAUACUGUGUUCUGUGAAUGAAUGGAGGUUUUAAAUAACACAAGGUGCCUGUAGAAUGCUACAGCUGAAAGACUUUAUUUUCUCAUAUACUAAUCUAGUUUUUAAGAGAUUGGGUGACAUCCAGUGCUGUCAACCCACUUGCACAACAUACACCUGCUAGCACAACAGGACUUGCCUUUUUCCUCCCUGCUCAAAAGGAAGGAAAACGAAACAAAAAACCUGCUCUGCAGGCUCCUGCAACCUUCAAAAGAUUUCAGAGAGCAAAGAGAAACCCAGCUGCAUAAGCAGAUGUUUGCUCAUGCAACUUUGGAUCUCACCUCUUGUUUUCAUUACUCAAGUUUUAAAUGGCUUUGAAUUUUCAACCUGCAGGCAUUUAGAAUGUUUUACAAGCAAUAUAUAUCAACUGGAAUUUCCUGCUUUCUCUUAGGCCAGGAGAGUGUGGUCCUAUAGCCCUUAUAUCUGGCUCAGCUAUUUAUCAGUUUGAUGGUGGGAAUAAAUAGGAGUUGCCUGCCUUUUACUCAGAAUAUGUUAAGACAGAACAGAUUUUAAAACUUCAAAUAAAAUUAGAAAUAACGGGGAAUGGAGAUGAUGAUGAUAAUAAUAAUAAUAAUAAUAAUAAUUAUUAUUAUUUUUUUUAUUUAUAUCCUGCCCUCCCCAGCCAAAGCCGGGCUCAGGGCAGCUAACAACAAUCAAAUAAUCCAACAUUCUAAAAACAUGUCAUUAUAAAAAUUAAUUAAAAUCAAAUUAAUGGCAACCGUUGAGUGUAUUCUUAACUCUUGUUAGUCCAGCUGUGCAUUUUAACUCAUAUAAACUUCUCAACUUGAUGGGUUCUGCUUAGGUUUCAGUAGCUGUACAAUUCACUGUAGAGUGUAGAAACCUGAAGACUCAUUUAACAUGUUCCUGACUAAAGGUUGAUUCUCAUGUUACAGUGGAUGCAAAUUCCCAUUUGUCUACAAAAAAGAAUUCAUAAAGCACUGUAAAAAGUCUGAUAUCAAUAUGGAGUUACUGCAACUAUUCAUUUCUUGGCAUGUCUUGUCAGAAAAACAACUCAAGCCAUUAUUAUAUACGGUAUGUUAGUAUUAAUCUAUAUAUUAAAAGUACAUAAUUGUA